UCCUGGAGGAAAGCAAGCAGACAACGAACUUUACGGCCGUCGAUACCAGGGUGCCCGGUAUAACACGGACCACACGGCGAACAGAGGACACUAAGUGCAUCUCGGGAGCUCCGUCAAUUUUCAAGAUUUUCUCCAACUUCAGCCCUCAGACAAACAUUAGCAUGAUGUCGUAUCUAAAGCAACCACCUUACACAGUGAAUGGCCUCAGCUUAACUACUUCCGGAAUGGAUCUUUUGCAUCCAUCUGUGGGCUAUCCAGCAACGCCGCGGAAGCAGAGGCGAGAGAGGACUACUUUUACGCGCGCACAGCUCGACGUUUUGGAGGCGUUGUUCGCCAAAACUCGAUACCCGGACAUAUUCAUGCGCGAGGAGGUGGCGCUGAAAAUCAAUCUACCUGAGUCCAGAGUGCAGGUCUGGUUCAAGAACCGGCGGGCAAAGUGUCGCCAGCAGCAGCAGCAGCAGCAGAACGGGGGCCAGAACAAGGUGCGACCUGCCAAAAAGAAAAGUUCCCCAACCAGAGAAGUGAGCUCAGAGAGCGGAGCCAGCGGCCAGUUCACGCCCCCCACCAGCACCACCACAGUCCCAGCCAUCUCAACCAGCACCGCCCCGGUGUCCAUCUGGAGCCCGGCGUCCAUCUCUCCGCUCUCAGACCCCCUGUCUACCUCCUCCUCCUGCAUGCAGAGGUCCUACCCCAUGACCUACACCCAGGCCUCCAGCUACAGCCAGGGCUACGCCGGCUCGACGUCCUACUUCGGCGGCAUGGACUGCGGCUCUUACCUCACCCCCAUGCACCACCAGUUGUCAGGCCCUGGCUCAACUCUCAGUCCGAUGAGCACAAACGCGGUCACAAGCCAUCUGAACCAGUCCCCGGCGUCCCUCUCCACCCAGGGCUACGGGACGUCCGGCCUGGGCUUCAACUCCACAGCAGACUGCUUGGAUUAUAAGGACCAAGCGGCGUCGUGGAAGCUGAACUUCAAUGCCGAUUGCUUGGAUUAUAAGGAUCAAACGUCUUCGUGGAAAUUCCAGGUCCUGUGA